AGGGAGAUAGACGAUAGAAAUCUUUGGAAAAAUUUCUAGGGUUAGCAAGAGGGAAGAACGAUACCCAAAUUCAGCAUAGCAAAUUCCCAGCCAAACCUCGCUGAUUGCUACUGAAGAGAAGACGUAAUGGUGCUGGAAGAAGACCAAGAGCAAGACCAACCUAAUGAUAACGGUUUGAAAUCAGCCGGCGACAACAGGUCCGAUGAAAAAGGCUUAGGUGAUGUCGCUGUCGAAAGCCCAGAUGAUGCGAAAAAUGUGGAGGAUGAUGAUAAGACUAGUGGAAUUGACGGUGUAGCUAAUCAGUUGCACUCGGUUGUAGUAGGCCCAGGUGAGAAUGUAACGUCUCUAGACACAGAAGUACUAGUUGAGAAACAGGACCAACUGGACAAUGGCGGAGAAUACCGUUUUCCGUCUCCAUCUCCAUCCCCGACAGGCAGUGGUAGUGGUAAUGGUGGGAGCAAAGAUGAUGAAGCAGAGGACGAGGAGCAUCAAGGGAAUCCCGAGAGAUUAUUGGUCACCAAGACAGAGGUGGAGUUGUCACCAGACAUGGAAGAGGAAAAGCUAAAGCCCGAGGGACUAUCAGUUACUAAGAUAGAGUCGGAGUUGCUCCGCCCGGAAGGGGAAACUAGGGAAGAGGAGGCGAUGGAGGAUGAUGACGAGACGGAAUUAAACAACUUCACAAGGAUGGAGCGGCCACAAGCGGAGUUGGAUGCCGGACAUGAGGAGGGGAUUGGACUUAAGACCCUUCAAAACCAGAAAUCGUUCCUCUUGGAGCCUAAUUCAGCCGUAGAAGAUGAAUCUGGGACUGAGGAGGACCAAGCGGCAUUCAUGAAGGAGCUAGAAAUUUUCCACAAAGAGAGGUGCUUAGAGUUCAAGCCUCCAAGGUUUUAUGGAGAGCCAUUAAAUUGCCUCAAGUUAUGGAGAUCAGUGAUCAGGCUUGGUGGCUACGAACAGGUGACCUCUUGCAAGCUGUGGCGACAAGUGGGAGAAUCAUUUAAACCCCCGAAGACUUGUACUACUGUCUCGUGGACAUUCCGGUGUUUUUAUGAGAAGGCAUUGCUUGAAUAUGAGAAGUAUAAGAUGAGCAUUGGGGAGCUGCCAUUCACCGAUGCUUCUUCUGCAGAACCUGCUUCUGGUGGAAAACAGGCCAAUUUAAAUCAAACUCCCGGAUCAGGAAGGGCCAGGCGAGAUGCGGCUGCUCGAGCUAUGCAGGGUUGGCAUUCUCAGCGUCUUCUUGGUAAUGGUGAGGUUGGGGAUCCCAUCAUUAAGGAUAAGACGUCAAGUACAACGUUAAAGCGUGACAAGCAAAAUAUUGGUUUGCUGAAGCGUAAAAAACCAUCAUCAGUUGAACGUGCUGUCAAAGUUGCACGCAUGAAAGCGUCAAAACCACAGUUUGGCAAGACUUGUGGUUUCCUGUGAAGGAUGCCAAGGGGCCUGAAAGCUCAGGCAAAGUUAUAUUAAGUCGUGAUUGGUUUGAUUAAGGUAAGAAUGAAGUUGUGAUGGUCAUUUGAAAAAUUUUCAACAAGGCCACAACUGGUAUGAGAAACUGGGUUGUAGUUUGGGAAGUUUGUAACAACUUUGAAAACCUGCGAAAAGGCAUAAAAUAUUAUGAAAUCAGAUUCUGGGGUUCUGUAAGAUAACCACAUUUAAGGAUGAUCUGGUGAUCUUGACAAAGGAUGGAACAGGGUCUUUAGGUGUCAGCAUGACAUGGGUAGACAAAACAUUGCAACAGCAUGUGAAAUAAUCAACACAAACAGGGCAGGUGGAAUGUGACAGAUGGCAGCAUAGAGUUGGCUGAUCCGGCUCUGAUACCAUGUCAUAAAAAAACAGAAGAUAUUACUGCUCAAGGAAGAUCAAUAAACUACACCAUAUAUGUAGAGAAGGGGACUAGACUGAGAAAGCAAGUAAACUUGGAAAAUAAAAAAUAGACUAAUAAUCUUGAUAAAGAAAAGACUAAUAUUAUCAACACAUUACUAUCUCAAAUGACAAAAUUCUCUUGCAUUAACUUACACUUGCUGCUGUAAUGA